AUGAGUUCUGUGAAGCGAAAGUGUUAUACAAUUGAAGAAAAAAGUGCAAUAUUAUUCCGAUUAGAAGCCGGUGAAUCAAAUGCAACCAUCGCAAAGGAGUUUGGCGUAUCUCAUUCUACAAUUUCUACAAUAAAGAAGAAUAAAUAUAAGAUCGAGCCGCUGUUUAGUGCUAAUGUUUUGAAAUGCAAACGUGUAAGGACUUCUACUCAUGAGCAGGUGGAUAAGGCAUUGUUAAAGUGGUUUAAGCUUCAGCGCGACCAGGGAAUACCCGUUAAUGGGCCUCUGCUACAAGAGAAAGCAAACUUUUUUGCUAGACAGUUAGACAUGCAAAAUUUCACAUGUUCGAUGAGUUGGAUAAACCGUUUUAAAGUAAGACACAACAUCGUCAGUGGUAAGAUUGCUGGCGAGUCUUUAUCAGUUCAACAAGGUGAUGUAGUCGAUUGGUUAGAAAAGGUUUGGCCUAUUCUGCGUGCGCAAUUUAGAGAUGAUGAAAUUUUUAAUGCAGAUGAGACCGGGCUGUUUUAUAAAUUAACCCCAGACAAGACUUUGAAAUUUAAAAGCGAAAAAUGUACAGGAGGGAAAUUAUCAAAGGAGAGAAUUACUGUGAUGGUAGCAGCCAACAUGAGUGGCACUGUUAAAAAAAAACUUCUCGUAAUCGGAAAAUCUCAACGUCCCAGAUGUUUUAAGAAUGUACGGCAUUUGCCAGUGGAUUAUGAGAGCAAUCAAAGAGCCUGGAUGACUGCUGACAUUUUUAACAAAUGGAUACGCGCAUGGGAUCGUGAACUUAUGAAAAAGAACAAGAAAAUUCUGCUGUUAGUUGACAACUGUCCUGCACAUCCCCAUAUUGAAAACUUGAAAAACAUAACCCUGGUAUUUCUGCCUCCAAACACAACAUCAGUGUUGCAACCCAUGGAUCAAGGGAUUAUUCGAGCUUUGAAAUCACAUUUUCGUAAAAACCUUGUCCUGAAAAUGAUCCAGUUACUAGACGGUCGCGGAAGCAGUAGUGUUGAUUACUCAAAGAUAACUGAUGCUAUUCUAAUGAUUCAAGAUGCCUGGACCCAACUCAAGCAAGACACAAUUUUUAACUGUUACAAACACGCUGGUUUUGUCCGAAGCAAUGUAGACUGUAGCGUAACUUCGAACGCAGAUGAUUUUAACGAAGAAGACGACGUACCGCUGAGCACUUGGGUGAGGGCUAUUGAUAAACAUCAGUUACUUAUAACAAACGAGGAGUUUGAACAAUACGCGUAUGUCGAUGAUGCUGUCGCCACUUGUGAAGAACCGUCUGAUGAAAACAUUGUGGUAAAUAUCAUCGCCAACGACGCGAAUGGCAAGGAUAGCGACGGUGAUGAUGACGAACCAGAGGAGAUUCAUCCUACCGUGAGUGUGUCUGAAGCUCUGAAGGCUGCGGAAACGCUCAAUGAGUUUGUUCAAACUAACUUCGAUGAUGAUCUUAUGAAAACAAUGAUGUCACGAAUGCACAAUGCUGUACGAAGUUCUUAUUACCGAACAAAAGUUAGUCAAAAACAAACUCAAAUAAAUGACUUUGUACGUUAG